AAGGUUGAGAUUUUUAGACGGAUGUAGAGAUCUUUUAGAACAAGAUAUCGUUCAAUUUUUGUUCAAUGAGUUUUGAUCGUAAGGCGGAAUUUUGGAGUGGAAUGGAAUCGUAGGAAAUUUGCGUUGAGAUGCUAAGGUAAAAUUGAUAGAAGUUAACUGGAAGUAAAGACACGGUCUACAUCCGAAAGCUUCAGUUUCGACGAUCUUACGCUAUCGGUGCACGAAAAUUUCAAAUUUCUAAUUCAACAAAGAUGAGAAAAUUAUUCUCAUGGUAUUAAUGCGUGUCGAAGCUGAAUCAAAAAGGUGCCUGUUCAUAUCGUCACAUCGAGCUUAUCGUUCGUCAUUUAUUUUCGAAGCAAGCAGAAUCUGCAACUUCAGUGUGUUUCGAUCGACGGCUGUUUCCAAAUUCACGAUUCGUCUCAAUCAUCAUCGUCAUUGGCGUUGUUAAAAAUUCUCAAACUCGAUUCCGAGUCCCUAUCAUGUUGGAACCACUGAUUGUACUGACAGUAUUAAAUUGUUUCUUUAUGUUCAGCUCCACUGUCACAACUUGCGCAUUAUGGUGGCAAUAUCGAACUCAUCGUUGCUGUUUCAAGAAAGAUCCCAUGUCACAGAGCACCAGAUGGAAUCCGUCCAAGUCGAAGAAUAAUCCGUCAAAGAACAACAAUUCGUCAAAGAACAAUAAUUCGUCAAAAAACAGUAAUCCGUCGAAAAAACCUGUACACUCGAAACAGGAUAACCUUGUAAAUUCAGUCAGUCGCAGCAAAUCGAAUUCAACGAUGAACCGCGAGAAUAAGAACAGGAAGAACUCGAAGCACAAAUUGAAAUCGAAGUAUCUGUCGAGGAGCAAAACACCUAGCGACGAACGACUGUCGUCCAUGGAAAUGAUAGGAAAUUGGGAGCUCGAAGAUAGGGCGAGAAUGUCAGAAGCGUCGCAGACUACGAACGACCCAAAAUCGGCGGUGGUGAUGGAAUAUUCAACGGUACAAAAGAUCGUCCAGAUUUUAGACAAUGACGCGGAUCUUAUUGCCACGAAAAUGGCCAUGAAAGAUCUUAAUGCUAAGCAAAACGUGGAAGAGAAGAAAGUACCGAUUUCGAAUCUGAUGGAAUCGCAAUUUGACCAUCAAUCUAUAUCUGAAUACACUCCUCAAGAACAGUAUAAUUGA